AUGGCACGACUCGACGAGAUGCGAUUCGAUCCAGCUAGCCUGAACAAGGCGACUGCAGCAGACUACUCGUCUUCCGAAUCCGAUGCCGAGGAAGACGAAUACUUGAUGCCCUCGCGCAAUCCCCACGAAAGCGAAUUCGCCGACUUCAACCCCCGCAAGCGGCGCCGUACAGGGCGUGACUCAAAGGAGAGCGCGGCGCUAGGGAUAUUUGGGUCCGAGAGCGAGGAUGAGGGCUCGGGCAGACAGUGGAAGCACAAGAGCCUCCGGAACAAGGGUGUCAGCUUUGUUUCGUCUGCGAAGGCCAAAGCCGAUUCUGACGAUGAGCUUGACGAGGAGGAGGCGGAAUACGAUGACGCCAACCCUGGCGCCGUCCCAAGCGACGCCGAAGAGAAGGACGAACAAGACGAAGAGAUGGAUGGCGUAGGUUUGGGGUUCAAGGGUGCAUCUGCCGCUGCAGCGCAAGGCCUGGGGUGGACGCCUCCCACCCAACAAGCGACUCCUUCAAAACCAACGGCACCUCCUCCGCGAUUUGUAAAGUCAAAGGUUGACGUCGCCAACCCCCUCGGCAAUGGGUUUACGCCCAUGUCUCAGCGGGGCCCGACACUCCUGGCCAAGGACGAGGAGCCGGCUGCACCCCGCGCCGCGUUGCCGAGUGCGUUUAGCAAAACAAGAGGCGGCAAGACAAAAAUCAACGCCAAUUCCUUCGGCGCCCGGAUGAUGGCCAGGAUGGGAUACGUCGAGGGUCAGGGUCUCGGAAAGGAGGCGCAAGGUCGGAAUGUCAUCAUCGAGGCGAACCUUCGGCCCCAAGGGGCCGGGUUAGGUGCAGUCAAGGAGAAAACCAAACAGGAGAGGGAGGAGGAGAAGCGGCAGGCACGUUUGCGCGGAGAGGAAGUCGUAGACUCGGAGGAGGAGGAGAAGAAGAAGAAGGCCGCCCGGAGGAAGAAGGCUUUGACUGGCGGUAUCAGCAGCGGAGGUGGCAGCGGUGUCAGCACGCCCAAGCGCCAGAAGCCGAAAUACUUGACCAUGGAUGAGAUUAAAAAGGCUGCCCCUGGACUCAACAUACCAGACGCCUUCACCCCCAUUCUCGACAUGACAGGGCCGGGGAAGAAAAUGCUCACCACAUCGUCAGGACUGAUGACCCCGACUGGAGGCGCCGCUCCUGCCGAAUCUACGGAGGCAGUGGAAAACCGGAAACUCGUCAAGCGUGCCCAGAAUGACUUCAUGGCUAUUCUGGAGGAAUGGCAGAGCCUGCAAGAACGCAAGGCUUUCCUGGAUCUGCAGUUGAAGGAAGAGCAGCAGGAACUGGAAGAGCUCUCGGCGAGUUUGCAAGGGAACAAGUCUGUGACGGGGGCUUGCACAGCGGCUUCCAGGCCAGCGGAAAGCGGCGAGGCCGACAGAAAAGCCGACUUAAGCUACCGGCUUGGACGAGUCAUCGCCGGACUGCGAGAUGCGAGCAACUCCCUCUCCGACUCCAUGCUCCCACAGAUCAAGGAUGAGCUCGGCUCCCUAGCCGUGGCCGCAAUCCACCCCCUGUUCAACCAAUUCCGCCAACUCUGGGAGCCGCUCGAGGAGCCCAAGCCCGCCUUCGUAGACGGCCUAAACUCCAUCCGCGGCUUGCUCGGCCUCGAUCACCAAUCCAAGAAAACCUACCGCAAACCCACCGCCACCCCCUACGAAACCAUGAUGUACGAACUCUGGCUCCGCACCCUCACCACCACCGUCCGCGAGUGGAACGUCCGCGACCCCGACCCACUGAUCGCGGUCCUCGACGCCUGGGCCCCUCUCCUCCCCCCCUUCGUACGCGCCCAGCUCUUCCAAGCCAUCACGCGCAAACUCGAAGAAGCCCUGCAAAAAUGGCAGCCCAAAAAACACACCCACAACCUCCCCCACCGCUGGAUUUUCCCUUGGCUGCCCCACCUCCCACCCACCCACCUCGACCCGCUAAGCACCACCGGCCUGGUCGCCGACGUCCGCCGCAAGUUCCGCCAGCUCAUCGACGCCUGGGACUUCUCCCGCGGCGUCAUCCCCGGCCUCAAGCAGUGGAAGGAUAUCCUGCGCCCUUCCUCCUCUAGCGGUAGUAGCAGCCGCGACCGCGACCUGUGGACCCCGCUCGUCAUGAACCACCUGCUCCCGAGCAUGGCGCGCUAUCUGGGCGCCCACUUCCGCGUCGAGCCGCAGGACCAGGCGCCGUAUAUGGAGGCGCUGGAUAAGUUGCUGGAGUGGGGGGAAGUGGUGCGCCCGAGCAUGCUGGCGGAGGUGUUGGUGGCGGAGGUGUUCCCCGCGUGGCACGCGGCGUUGUAUCGGUGGUUGUUGCUGGAGGAGGCGGAUUAUAAUGAAAUUGGGGGGUGGUUUCAGUGGUGGCAGGAUGAGGUGUUCCCGGAGGAGAUUAAGGUGCUGCCGUCGGUGGUGGCGGAGUUUGAGAAGGGGUCGGCGAUGAUUGAGAGGGCGUUGGAUUUGGGGGAGAGGGUGAGGGCGGAGUUGAGGGCGCCGGAGGAGGGGCCUGCGUUGAAGACGGCGAGGGACGCGGGGAGGGAGGAGAGGGAGCGUCAGAGGGAGGAGGAGAGGGUGCAGGAGAAUGUGGUGGAUGUUGCUGCUGCUGCGAAGAAACCGGAGGAGGUUACCUUUAAGGAGGUUAUUGAAGCGUGGUGUCCGGAGCAUGACCUGCAGUUCAUGCCGGAACGGAAUAAACUGCAUGCUGAGGGGCCGAUGUACCGGAUCUUGGGCAUGGACGGGAAGAGGGGCGUGUCGGUCUACUUCAAGGGCAAUAUUGGACGGCGUGGGACGAUGCAGUGGUUAAUGGGCCGCUUGGAUGGCGGAAGAAUCGAGGCCCAUGGGGGUGGGCCCGCACGAGCCUUCGUUGUGGUCUUCUCGUCCGGGGCACCUUUACCAGCGAGCACUCGGGUCAAUACUUCGGGACCGGGUGACGAACCGCACAUUUUAGCUCGCCGACAUAGUUGUCCGUUCAAUAUAGCCCCAGUUUGGCCAACUCAAAAAUCCUAUCAGCGGUGGUUACCCCACGCCGCGGCCGCCGACUAG